GGACUGCAAGAAGACUGUGACGGGAAAUGAAAUCAAUCAAGUUCUGGACUUUCUGGCAGCCAUGAGCUGGAGGCUCCUCAAAUGACAUAUGGCCAGCAUUCUGUGAAGGGAAGAGAUCCUCCUUUAAAGAAUCAGUGGCGUCUCUGAGUGUUUGAUCCAUAGACUGUACACCCAGCUCUAAAAGAUCCGGGGGGAAGACCAGAAGGCUUAGCUAUAAAAGCCACCAAGGUUCUCAGAAGAUCCAUGCCUCAUCCAUCAGGAAGCUGCAGAGAUGAAAGUGUUGGCCUUCACCCUCUUCUGCCUCUUCAUUGCUGUCAAUGAAGCCAAAGUAUAUGAGAGAUGCGAAUUGGCUAGGAAAUUGAAAAACUCUCGGUUGGAUGUUUCAUCUGGCUACAGCAUUGCCAACUGGGUCUGCUUGGCUUACUAUGAGAGCAGAUUCAACAGCAGGGCCGUGGGGCCACCCAACCGGAAUGGAAGUCGUGACUAUGGGAUUUUUCAGAUAAACAGCCGCUGGUGGUGCUCCAAUGGAAAAGGCACAACUGCCAAUGGCUGCAGAAGCUCCUGCAGUGCUUUCACAGAUGAUGACAUCACAAAUGAUAUUGCAUGCGCUAAGAGAAUUGUUAAAGAUCCCAACGGGAUAAGAGCCUGGGUCGCUUGGGUGAAAUACUGCCAAGGAAAAAACCUCACCCGGUGGACACAAGGCUGCAGACUCUAAAGUUGAUGAAAAUAAACAAUAUCCAGCAUUUCUCUUGAUUUUCCUUUUGAUGAAAUCAAUUCCUAAUUCUCCCUGUACAAUCAGCGUUCAGCUAAUUCUUUCUAUGCAGGUGGCUUCCCGCACAAUAGAGGGAUUGCCAUUCUCUGCUUAUGUUUAGCUAUCAGAUAUUAUGUGGAUGCAGGUGGUUGAUAAUGUCAGUCUUUCUGCUCAAAAUUCUUCAAUAAACUGAACUCAUAUCAAUUCU